AUGGCUUCUCAGCAGAACCCACAAUCCAAUUUCCAAGAUUUGCUGCCCACCAUGGCAGACAAGCUUGGUGGGGAUGGUUUAAUCGGAGAGCUCUGUAAUGGGUUCAAUUUGUUAAUGGAUUCUAACAAGGGGGUCAUCACCUUUGAGAGCCUCAAGCGGAACUCUGCUCUGCUGGGCUUGCAGGAUCUGAGCGAUGAUGAUCUACGGUCCAUGUUGGAGGAAGGCGAUUUCGACGGUGAUGGGGCUCUUAAUCAGAUGGAGUUCUGUGUUUUGAUGUUCAGACUGAGCCCUGAGCUUAUGGAUGAGUCUCGGUUGUGGCUUGAGCAAGCUCUUCAACAGGAGUUGAAGUAUUGUUAUUGA